AUGUCAGUUUCUAAAUCUGUUCAUUUGCAUUAUAUCUCUGCCUCUCUCGCUCACUAUCUAUCCAACUAUAUCUGUUUCUAUCUAUCUAUCUAUCUAUCUAUCUAUCUAUCUAUCUAUCUAUCUAUCUCUGUUACUCACUAUUUCCUUCUGGAUAUGUUUAUUUGCAAUCUAUCUCUAUCUAUCGAACUAAUUCUAUCUAUCUAUCUAUCUAUCUAUCUAUCUAUCUAUCUAUCUAUCUAUCUCUGUUACUACCCAUUCUCGCUUCUAAAUCUGUUCCUUCCCAUUCUAUCUAUCUAUCUAUCUAUCUAUCUAUCUAUCUAUCUAUCUAUCUAUGUGCAUUCCUGCAUCACUACCAAUAUAUAUUUGUCUCAGUCUAUUUGGAAAUUUGAUCUAUCUAUCUAUCUAUCUAUCUAUCUAUCUAUCUAUCUAUCUAUCUAUCUAUCUAUCUAUAUUUUAUACAUACAUACAUACAUACAUACAUACAUACAUAUAUAUAUAUAUAUAAUUUUUUUUUUAUACGAUCGUGAAUUUUAUAUAUGUACGUUUGUUCCUAAUCUAUCUAUCUAUCUAUCUAUCUAUCUAUCUAUCUAUCUAUCUAUCUAUCUAUCUAUCUAUCUCAGCCUGUUCAUAUUUGAUCUAUCUAUCUAUCUAUCUAUCUAUCUAUCUAUCUAUCUCAGCCUAUUUGAUCUAUCUAUCUAUCUAUCUAUCUAUCUAUCUAUCUAUCUAUCUAUCUCAGCCUGUUCAUAUUUGAUCUAUCUAUCUAUCUAUCUAUCUAUCUAUCUAUCUAUCUAUCUCAGCCUGUUCAUAUUUGAUCUAUCUAUCUAUCUAUCUAUCUAUCUAUCUAUCUAUCUAUCUAUCUAUCUAUCUCAGCCUGAUCGUGUAAGUCCAGCUCUCUCACGUAUCGAGUCUGAGAAAGGACAGAUAGUAUGUAAUUAG